AUGGCAUGCCCUCAUGUGAGCGGUUUGGCUGCGCUGCUUCGAAGUGCACAUCCUAAGUGGUCGCCAACUGCAAUCAAAUCAGCUCUAAUGACUACUGCAUAUAAUGUUGACAAUUCACGUAAGUAUAUUUUUGAUAUUGGUACGGGCAAAUUUUCAAACCCAUUCCAACAUGGGUCUGGGCAUGUAGACGUGAACAAAGCGUUAAAUCCGGGUUUAAUAUACGACAUCGCACCAAGUGAAUACGAAGCUUUCCUUUGCUGGAUGGAUUACAAUGCGACACAGAUUUCAGCUUUUGUAAAGGGUAAGAAGAUGGAUUGCGAGGCAAUCAAGGCAUCCAGUAGCCAUGGUGAUCUCAACUAUCCGUCAUUUUCUGUUAUUUUCGAAUCAGGAAAAACGGAUAAGGUGAAGCAUAAGAGAGGGGUCACAAAUGUUGGGAGUUCAGCGGAUGCUGUUUACAAGCUCAAGGUCAGAUCUCGAACACCAUCUGUUAAGAUCAGAGUUUCACCAACCAAGCUUGUGUUUAGUAAAAAUACAAAGAGUUUGCCAUAUGAAAUCACGUUCGAGUCGAACCCAAUGGCUCCCGCUACUGAAGCAUUCGGGUCAAUUGAAUGGUUUGAUGGAGAACAUGUUGUAACAAGUCCCAUUGCCUUUAGCUGGUCUGCUACUACUACUUCUACAAGCUUGAUUUCUUCUGCUUGA